CGUUUGGCCAGAUCAGUGUUGUGUAGGAAGUAGUAAGGUACUUGCUUGCUGACGAAACUGAGCAGAUUGCAUUUAAUAUUGUCUCGUCCAGUAAUAAGAAAACCUCAGUCAGCGAAUAUCUGUCUCGACGUGUGAUAACCGGGUGAACCGGCGAGUGGAGUAAAGUAAAACAAGCACUUCCAUUACGAGAGCCAUACGAACAGCACAAAGCAAAAGACUGAUUAGAAUCCGUAUAGGUGGGAAGAAAGAAAAAGAAAAAAUGGGCACGUCAGCGGUGUGGAUUUCCGUCGCUAUACUAGCGACCAGUUUGAUCGAUUCCGGUUCGGCGUUAUACUCCUCGGGUGACGACGUUAUUGCGCUGACCGAAAGCAACUUCGACCGGCUGGUGGUGAAGAGUGACGAAAUUUGGGUUGUCGAAUUUUACGCUCCGUUCUGUGGCCACUGUCGCAAUCUGGUGCCGGAGUAUAAGAAGGCGGCAACGGCGUUGAAAGGCGUGAUCAAGGUAGGCGGUAUCAAUUGCGAGGAGGAACAGGGUCUGUGCGGGCAGCAUGGUGUUCGAGGUUAUCCGACUAUAAAAAUCUUCGGAGCCAACAAGCGGUCGCCGGUUGAUUAUACUGGACAGCGAACGGCAAAGGAUAUUGCCGAGUCGGCGCUGGCAGAAGCGAAGAAAAAAAUUAAAACUGUGCUUGGAGGAGGUGGUGGAUCCGGGGGAUCUUCUGAUAGCGGAAGUGGAUCGGAUUCGAACGAUGUGGUUGAGCUAACCGAUGCCAACUUCGACAAGCUGGUGCUGAACAGUGACGACGUCUGGCUGGUGGAAUUCUUUGCACCUUGGUGCGGACAUUGUAAAAAUCUGGCACCACAGUGGGCCAAAGCUGCUACCGAACUGAAAGGCAAGGUGAAGCUCGGUGCUUUGGAUGCCACCGUUCACACGAUUAAGGCUCAACAGUAUGGCGUUCAAGGGUACCCAACGAUUAAAUAUUUCCCGGGUGGAACGAAGGACCGCGAUUCGGCGAAGGAGUACGAUGGUGGUAGAACAGCUUCUGACAUCGUUAACUGGGCUUUGGAGAAGUACAGUGAAAACAUUCCAGCACCGGAGGUUGUGCAAUUAACUUCGGAGAAAGUUUCCAAGGAAACUUGCCAGGAUAAACCGCUCUGUGUGAUUUCGGUUUUGCCUCACAUUUUGGACUGCGAUGCAGCCUGCCGUAACAAAUAUCUCGCCAUUCUGGCGAAAAUGGGAGACAAAUACAAGAAUAAACAGUGGGGAUGGCUGUGGAGCGAGGGUGGUGCCCAACCGGAAGUGGAAGCUACGCUAGACAUCGGUGGAUUCGGCUAUCCGGCGAUGGCCGUUGUCAACAUUAAAAAGAUGAAAUACUCGCUCUUGCGUGGUUCCUUCUCCGAAAGUGGAAUCAAUGAGUUCUUGCGAGAUUUGUCCUACGGUCGGGGCCACACAGCUCCAGUGAAGGGUGCCGAGCUACCGAAGAUUCACAACAUCGAGCCCUGGGACGGCAAGGACGGCCAACUACCCGAGGAGGAUGAGAUCGACUUGUCUGAUGUGGAUCUCGAUGAAAAAGAUGAACUUUAAUUGAAGCCCAAGAAUGCAACAACUAGUUUUUAAGAGUAGCAUACAUUUUUAGGCUAAAAUUAACUUAUCACUGAUAAGAAAAAAUAAAGCUAAAAUAUUACUUACUUGUUCUGAA